AUUUUAGCCUACGCGCUUUCCUAAUUGGCGCAUCUUAGCCGUCUGUCUUCUCGCUCAAUAUUACUAGUCAACAAAGCGCAAUUAACACAAUUGUGUCUGUAGUCUUUCUUUCUUUCUUGUUUAUUACAAAAAAAAAAAAAAAAACUCAUUUUUUUAAGCAAUAUCGUUCACUGAUUCGACCACUGCAAAAAUCUUAGGUGGGUUCUUCCUUAUUCUUCCCUGAUAGUCUUCUCUGGUUCUUCAAUUUCAUCAGACCCUUUUGAAUUUACACGCUCUUUGAACUGUUUGCACUGCAAUUUUCUUAACUUUUAGUCAAUUUCCUAAACUGAAUCUCCGAUCUUUCUCUCUCUAUAUGGUUUUAAUUUACUCGAUUGAUCCAUAGCUGGUUGAAGGUAGAUCUGAAUUCUGAAAUUGCUUUGUCGCUAGAGGAAAGUAAUCAUGAGUUGCUUCAGCUGUUGCGGAGAAGAUGACAUGCAUAAGUCUUACGACAAUGGACCUUACAUGGCAAAUAACGCAGCAGGAAACAAUGGAGGCUAUCGCACGACUGAAGCCGCACCAAAGGACACACAAGCUGUAGCCAUUCAGCCCAUUGCUGUUCCUACUGUCCAGGUGGACGAAUUGAAGGAAAUUACUGAUAAUUUUGGUACAAAGUCAUUAAUUGGUGAGGGAUCAUAUGGAAGAGUCUACCAUGGUGUUUUAAGAAGCGGACAAGCUGCAGCUAUUAAAAAGUUAGACUCUAGUAAGCAACCAGAUCAGGAGUUUUUAGCUCAGGUUUCUAUGGUAUCAAGGCUUAAGCAUGAUCAUGUUGUUGAGCUACUUGGAUACUGUGUAGAUGGUGGUUUGAGAGUUCUUGCUUAUGAGUAUGCUUCAAAUGGAUCUCUUCAUGAUAUUCUUCAUGGCAAGAAAGGUGUAAAAGGUGCACAACCAGGUCCGCUCAGCUCAAAGAGUGAUGUCUACAGCUUUGGAGUUGUUCUUUUGGAACUCUUGACCGGCCGAAAACCCGUUGACCAUACUUUGCCACGUGGUCAACAGAGUCUAGUCACUUGGGCAACACCAAAACUUAGUGAAGAUAAGGUGAAACAGUGUGUUGACACUAGACUGAAUGGAGAAUACCCCCCAAAGGCAGUUGCCAAGAUGGCAGCAGUUGCAGCCUUGUGCGUGCAAUAUGAAGCUGAUUUUAGGCCAAAUAUGAGCAUUGUUGUUAAAGCAUUGCAGCCAUUGUUGAAUGCUCGACAUGGACCUCAAGCAGAAGCACCACACUUGUGAAUUCAUCUCUCUAUUUAUGUUGAAUAUUAUAUAUGUUUAUUGUUUUUGAAUGACAUGCCGCCUAAAGGUAGCAGAUAUUUAUGUAUGACCUGUAGAAUCAUUCUUUUAUUUGAUUUGAUGUUUGUCAGCAAGGUUUUAAAUUUCUUAGGGGCUGUUUGGCAAGAUCUGAAUUUUUAAGAUCUGAAUUUUUAAGAGGUCUGAAUUUCUAA